AAGCAAUGGAUGACUUUAUAAUGACAAUUGAAGACGACACAGAGAUUAAAACAUACAAUGAAGAGGAAAAUGAGGAAAAUGAUAAUAGCCCAAUGCAUAAAGAGAAUAAAGAUUCAAGGAAACGAAAAAAAAAGGAAAAAAAAGCUUCAAUAAAUGAAGAUAUUUCAUUAAAAAAAAAUGAUAUAAAUCCUGAUUUCUCGUUCUCUUUUGGUGACGAUAAUUUUUAUAAUGAUGUUGAAGGCUGGGAUUUUGUAGCAGCUAGAGCUGGAUUAAAACCCAAACUUACUCGCAAUGAAGCGAGAUCAUCACUAAUUUUAAAUACAAAAACGAAUGGACGAAAUAAUUCAAAACAAAAAAAAACCAAUAAUGAUCAAUCUUUGAAAAUAUCCGAUAAAGACAAUGAAAAUAAUACUUCGGAAAAUGAUGAUACUAACUUUGGUGCCGGAACCCAAUGCGAUAUUUACAAUGACGAAAACGAAUCAAGUGAAAACGAUGAAGACAAAACCGAUGAAGACGACGACGAUCAAAUGUCGAGUAGUACAGAUGAAUACUGGAACAACCAUGAAGAUCAUGAUAAUGAUUCUAAUAGUGAAAGUAGUAGUGAGGACGAAGAUGAAAAACAGAAAGAAUACUUUGCAGAUGAAUCUGAGAUAAUUCAUUACGACAAUGCUGAAUCAUUCCAAACAAUGAAUCUUUCUCGACCUAUUCUUAAAGGUCUUAGUCAAUUAGGAUUUAUACAGCCUACCCCGAUUCAAAGACAAACAAUUCCUAUAGCUCUUAUGGGUAGAGACAUUUGUGGUGGUGCUAUUACCGGCUCUGGAAAAACUGCUGCAUUUCUGGUUCCUGUUAUAGAGCGCUUACUAUACAGACCAAGAAAGACUCCUUCUGUGCGAGUACUUAUCUUAAUACCAACUCGUGAACUGGCUAUUCAAUGCCAUAGAGGACUAAAUCUCAAAAAACAAGAAAGUGAACUUCGCGCACGCCCUGAUAUCAUUAUUGCAACUCCAGGACGAUUGAUCGAUCAUGUGCGAAAUUCACCUUCUUUUAGUCUAGACACUAUUGAAAUUUUGAUAAUUGAUGAAGCCGACCGGAUGUUGGAAGAUGGUUUCUCUGCUGAGUUAAAUGAGAUCGUAAAGAAUUGUCCAAAAUCGAGACAGACAAUGCUUUUCUCUGCCACCAUGACAGAUAAUGUCGAUGAACUAAUUCGCCUUUCAUUGAAUCGACCGGUACGACUAAUGAUCGAUCCAACAAAGGCGACUGCAGUUAAGCUCAUACAGGAGUUUGUUCGUGUAAGAAAACAUCGCGAAGAAGAUCGGCCUUCUAUGUUAGUUGCAUUAUGUAAAAAAACAUUCCGUCGUAAAGUUAUAAUUUUCUUCAAAAAUAAAGCUACUGCUCAUGAAAUGAAGAUAAUUUUUGGCCUUUUGGGGUUGAAAGCUGCAGAAUUACAUGGAAGUUUGUCACAAGAGCAGCGCAUGGAGGCUCUUGAGACUUUCCGAGAUGGAAAAGUAGACUUUCUCUUAGCUACCAAUUUGGCAUCGCGAGGUUUGGACAUAAAAGGCAUUGAAACUGUUAUCAACUACGAUAUGCCACAAAGUUAUGAGCAUUAUAUACAUCGUGUCGGCCGAACGGCUCGUGCAGGACGUGAUCGCAAGAUUUUAAAAAUGGUGAUUAAACAUGCUAAAGGUCAAAUUAGAAGGCGUAAUAUCGAUGCAGAAAUUGUUUCAAAAUAUCGCGAAAAGUUUGAUAAAUUAAAAAAUCAAAUUAAAGAAGAAAUAUUUAGUAAGCCCGCUCGGACUUGGUUUCAGUCCAAACAAGAGAAACAAAAAUCUAAACUUGCUGCAAAAGAACAAUCUAAUAGUAAUGUCGAAACUUCAGAAACAAGCAAAAAGCGAAAACGAGAAAAAACUGUAAAAUUAAAAUCAAAGCGCGACAAACGUGCUAAAAAAUCAAAAUCAAAACGUUAG